ACUAUCAGCAGCUAUAAAAAUAGGGCAGAGUCUUAGACUCUUAGGCAAACCGCUUCACAUUUGAACCUAAGAUAGAGAUCAUAACGAUGGAUCAUCCCAAUCCCAAACCUGAGAUUACUGAAGAGGUCCAGGAUAAGGGAGUGUUGGAGCAUCGCUCGUUCGCUAGAAUCGGGUUUCUUGGAAACCCUAGCGAUGUUUACUUCGGCCGUACGAUUUCGUUUACCAUUGGUAAUUUCUGGGCGUGGGCUAAGCUCGAGCCAUCUGAUCAUCUCUUGAUCAAACCUCAUCCAUUUCAUGAUCUUGUCCAGUUUCACUCCCUCGACAACCUCGUUUAUCGAUUGGAAAAUGACGGAUACUACGGAGGUGUAAGGUUGCUAAUGGCGAUUUGUAAAGUAUUCCGCAACUAUUGCAAAGAUCAUGGCAUACAACUUCAUGAUAGAAACUUCACUCUAUCUUAUGAUACCAACAUCCCAAGACAGACAGGGCUUUCAGGUUCCAGUGCCAUUGUAUCUGCUGCUCUUAGCUGCCUUCUCGACUUCUACAAUGUCAGGCAAUCAAUCAGAAUCGAAGUCCGGCCUAACCUUAUUCUGAAUGCGGAGAAAGAACUUGGUAUUGUUGCAGGCCUUCAAGACCGUGUCGCACAAGUCUAUGGGGGUGGUCUUGUUCACAUGGAUUUUAGUAAAGAGCAUAUGGAUAAACUUGGAUAUGGGAUUUACACUAUAAUGGAUAUCAACCUUCUUCCUCCUCUGCAUCUCAUCUAUGCUGAGAAUCCUAGUGACUCUGGGAAGGUGCAUAGCUCAGUUCGUAGAAGGUGGUUAGAUGGUGAUGAGUUUAUAAUAUCAUCGAUGGCAGAAAUUGCAAAAUUAGCAGAAGAAGGUCGAACUGCAUUACUUAAAAAAGAUUACUCCAAACUUAAGGAACUCAUGAACCGUAACUUCGAUCUUCGAAGGAGUAUAUUUGGAGAUGAGUGUUUGGGAGCUAUGAACAUAGAAAUGGUGGAAGUGGCACGUAAGGUCGGCGCAGCUGCAAAGUUCACUGGAAGCGGAGGAGCUGUGGUUGUUUUCUGUCCUGACGGUCCAUCUCAGGUUAAACUUCUUGAAGAAGAAUGUCGGAAAUCUGGAUUCAUACUUGAACCUGUACAGCUUGUGCCUACGCGUCUUAGUAGUUGUGAUCUUAAAACUUUGUCUGAUUCAAAACCCUGAGUGUUUGUUACAGAGCAUUGAAGCUCUAAUUACGCUAAUAAAUAAGUACUUGGUUCUUGAAGGAUCUUGAGAUCAAUGUUUGUUGAUUAAUCUA